AUGGUAUGUGAUGCAAAUUACAGGAUAACUGAUGUUAUUGCUAAAUGGCCGGGAUCUGUGCAUGACAGUCGAAUGUUCUCGGAGGGGAUCUUGUGCCAAAAGUUGGAGACUGGACAGAUUGAUGGACUGCUGCUUGGGGACAGUGGGUACCCAUGUCGAAAAUACCUCAUGACACCCUAUACGAAUCCUAGAAAUCUGUCGGAGGAAAGAUUCAACACAGCUUUGUGCCGCACCAGAGUGCUCAUAGAACAAACAUUUGGAAUGCUGAAGAGGCGCUUCGCAGUACUGAAAUACGGAAUAAGAACGACACCAGACAGAGCGGCUGUUUAUGUUGCCUCAUGUGCAAUGUUGCACAACUUUGGUUUUGAGCAUGGACCAAGGUGUUGA